ACCUGACUGAAGGCAAGGUCGGGGCGGAGGGAAUUGGGCUGUGGGGCUGUGGAGGAAGGGAGGCGGAGGGGGCGCUGGGGCUCUCUCUCCCUCCAGCCCAGACUUCCUAGCCAGCCCGCGACAAUCUGCGCCAGGAAUCGGGCCUCAGAGAAGCCGGACUUCCAGGGCACCAUGCAGUGGAUUAGGGGCGGAUCAGGAAUGCUGAUCACUGGAGAGUCCAUCGUUAGUGCUGAGGCAGUAUGGGAUCACGUCACCAUGGCCAACCGGGAGUUGGCAUUUAAGGCUGGCGACGUCAUCAAAGUCUUGGAUGCUUCCAACAAGGAUUGGUGGUGGGGCCAGAUCGACGAUGAGGAGGGAUGGUUUCCUGCCAGCUUUGUGAGGCUCUGGGUGAACCAAGAGGAUGGGGUAGAGGAAGGGCCCAGUGAUGUGCAGAAUGGGCAUCUGGACCCCAACUCAGACUGCCUGUGCCUGGGCCGACCACUCCAGAACCGGGACCAGAUGCGGGCCAAUGUCAUCAAUGAGAUCAUGAGCACUGAGCGUCACUACAUCAAGCACCUCAAGGACAUUUGUGAGGGGUACCUGAAGCAGUGCCGGAAGAGAAGGGACAUGUUCAGUGAUGAGCAACUGAAGGUAAUAUUUGGGAACAUUGAAGACAUCUACAGGUUUCAGAUGGGCUUCGUGAGAGACCUGGAGAAACAGUACAACAAUGAUGAUCCUCACCUGAGUGAAAUAGGACCCUGCUUCCUAGAACAUCAAGAUGGAUUCUGGAUAUACUCUGAAUAUUGCAACAACCAUCUGGACGCCUGCAUGGAGCUUUCCAAGCUGAUGAAGGACAGCCGCUACCAGCACUUCUUUGAGGCCUGUCGACUCUUGCAGCAGAUGAUUGACAUUGCCAUUGACGGCUUCCUUUUGACUCCAGUGCAGAAGAUCUGCAAAUAUCCCUUACAGUUGGCUGAGCUCCUCAAGUAUACAGCCCAAGAUCACAGGUCUCUUUCACACCAGAUGAAUUUUAGGAGUGAUUUCUCUAGAUCUAUGAGUGACUACAGAUAUGUGGCAGCCGCUUUGGCUGUCAUGAGAAAUGUUACUCAACAGAUCAACGAACGCAAGCGUCGUUUGGAAAAUAUUGACAAGAUUGCCCAGUGGCAGGCUUCUGUUCUAGACUGGGAGGGUGAGGAUAUCCUAGACAGGAGCUCAGAACUGAUCUACACUGGGGAGAUGGCCUGGAUCUACCAACCCUAUGGCCGCAACCAGCAACGAGUCUUCUUCCUGUUUGACCACCAGAUGGUUCUCUGCAAGAAGGACCUAAUCCGGAGGGACAUCCUGUACUACAAAGGUCGCAUCGACAUGGAUAAGUAUGAGGUAAUUGAUAUUGAAGAUGGCAGAGAUGAUGACUUUAAUGUAAGCAUGAAGAAUGCUUUUAAGCUUCACAACAAGGAAACAGAAGAAGUACAUCUGUUCUUUGCCAAAAAGCUGGAGGAGAAAAUACGCUGGCUCAGGGCUUUCAGAGAAGAGAGGAAAAUGGUACAGGAAGAUGAAAAAAUUGGCUUUGAGAUUUCUGAAAACCAGAAGAGGCAGGCUGCAAUGACUGUGAGAAAAGUUCCAAAACAAAAAGGUGUCAACUCUGCUCGCUCAGUUCCUCCUUCUUACCCACCACCACAGGACCCGUUAAACCAAGGCCAGUACCUGGUCCCCGAUGGCAUCGCUCAGUCUCAAGUCUUUGAGUUCACUGAACCCAAGCGUAGCCAGUCACCAUUCUGGCAAAACUUCAGCAGGUUAACCCCAUUCAAAAAAUAAUACCUACAGGGAGGCAGAUAAUUUUAAAAUAAACUAAAUAAAAUUAUAUUUAUAGAUGGAAUUUUUUCGGAGAAACACUGUUGAAAAUAUAUAUGUGUGUGUGUAUAUACAUAUAUAUAUAUAUAGAUAUAUGUAGACAUAUGUAUACACACAGACCUUUGAGUAUACACACAUAUACACGCUUGUGUGGGCAUGCAUGUACACAGGUACACAUACCACACACACACACACACACACACACACACAAGGACCAAAAACGUUUUCUGUUGUUUUUGGGUUGUGAAAUCUUUAAGUGGUAGAAAAAGGUACCAAUGACUUCCAAAGGUGACCCCUUCUUAAAACUUUUCAGUUCCUGCCCUGUUCCCUAUCCCUUUUCUUUCAGAAGUUGACAUUUCUAUUGUUUCUUUUCUUGUUAAAAUACUCUCUUAGCUCCUCUGUGAAUGAUUCAUUAACUUUUCAUUAUUAUCUAGGUGCAUUUGUAUUGGUUUUCUUCUUUCAUGAUAAUAGAGAUGCAGAUGAUUUUGAUUUUAAUUUGAUGUGAUAGGUUUGGGGUUUUACUUUUCACUGAGGAAAGGGAGGAUCCUCAUCUCCUCUCUUUCAGCCAAUCAUGUGUGAAUGUUCCUGUAGCCCUUCAGUUUCCCUAAAGCAGCUUUUAUGUGGCAUCCUCUGUCUACAGUCCUGCUAGUCAGGACAUGUUCCUUAAUGCCAUGUGACAUAACUGCUUAGUAUUUCUAUUGCUUUCCCUGUAUUUUAGGUGUUGAGGAAGGAUAUCAAACCAAACAGAAACAAAGGAGUGUCAGAGUAUUAUGAUGAUAAAAGAGUUCUGUUCAGGAACUGUUUUCAUUUGGAGUAUUUCUUCUAACACUUGGGAGUCUCAUGUUGCAGCAUUUUUGGGUCAUUGAAGUUUUGCAUCUGGGUGUUAGUUUGAGCCAAUUACUCUCUUCAGACUCUUCUUGUUAUUAAUCUCCUCUUAGGCCUGCCUUCCUUAGCCUAUCAGAAGGUCUAAAUUGGAAGCAGAGGCUGAGACUCUGACUUCUAUGGAAGAAGUUUAUCUCUGGCCCUUCCCCAAGUACCAAGCAGACAUAAGGCAGGGCUCCCUACAGCAAGCAGUUCAGUGUUCUAGUCACCUCUGCCCUCAUUUGCAGACUUUUAAGGCAGCGUUGAUAGGAGUCUAUUGAGAGGUUCAGAACAGAACCCACCUGACCAAGAUCAUCAGCUGCCUUCAAAUUAUUGACCUGGACAAAGUCCAACAGUGACAGUAAAAUAGGUGUGGGAAAAGGCAGCCUUGAUCUAAGUUACUGUACCUGCAGUUUCUACCACUCUAAUUGUGUGAAUCAUCUCUAUUGUGAGCAGAUUGCAUGGACAAUCUUCCCUGGACCCUUCCUUUCUUUUUCUCUGUCAUCUUCUUUCUCUUGCUCUCCUGCCACAGGAGAAAUGCUGAUAUUGGCAUAGUUAAAGCAGCUCUUGCACUGGAAGAUGGCUUUAUUUCUAAAAUCCACCUAUUCAAAAACAUUUGUGGCCAGUAAGUGUUGGGCCCCGGGGCACAUUUUCCUCUAGACAAAGGAUCUGGGGCAGAGAUGCUAUACUCAGGAUUAUUUUGGGCAGGCUUUCCACUAAUUUUUCCCACAAAGAAUCAAGAUCCCAAUGAGUACAAGAAUACUUGUUUAUCGUCUCUGCAUGGCCCUUUGUUUGGUUAGACCCUGAAUAGCAAGAAAUUUGAUAUAAAAGUGUGAGGAUGGGCCCUGCUAUGGAAAGCCACUCUAGCCAAGAAUCAAGAUUAUGACUCUGUCCUGAAUCCUAUGGAAGAAGAUAUCAGCAUGAAAGGACCCCAGUUUACCAAGCAGUCACCAUAGUCCCAUGAAGGCUUCAGCAUAUCUGGUUUGGUUACUGCUUUGUGCUUCCUGACCCAGACCAAGCCUUCCCUACCCUGGCACGCUUUCUCCUGUGGGAAUCAAAUUACAAGCUUUUGAAGUUUCAAUUCUACCACAACAAAUCAGAAUUAUAGAGCUAAGGCAAGGACAAGCCUGAUCUGAGUAGAGAACUAAGGCUCAGGUCUGCCCACCACUGUCUAGCACGUAACCUAGCUACUUCAACCUAGCUACUUAAACCUCCUGGAUAAGGAACUUUGUCCCCAAUUAUGCAGGCUAAAAUGUACUCCCUGUCAAACAGAGUGUGUUACAGUUUCUAUGCAGGCCUCUCUAUUAUAUUCUUUUUCCUACUUUCUACUAUUCCAUUCAGUUUGGCUUUUUCGUUUCCCUAGGUUUGGAGGCACACAGGAGGGGACACUUGAAUAAGUCCUUGGGCUUAAAGCAUCUCUUAUCCAGGUCUUCUCAUCUACUUCCCCUUCCUGGGAUCUUUACCCCUGGGGCUCCAGGAUCCAGGGAUAUCACUCCCCCCUUCUCCUUUAUAUAACCCAAUGACCUGAUGAAAUGCCAAUAACUUGUGAAAAUAAGAAUUUAGCUCUCCAUUGAUUGGAAUGCCCCUACAUAGUAGAAAAGCAGACCGGUAGUCAGUAGCCCAAAAGGGAGCCAGGGAAUCUAUUAAUUACCUGGGCUCAGUAUCUAAACAUAUUUUGUCCGCAUAGCAAUGCUGUCCUCAAGAAUUUUAUAAUUCUGUUUCUACAUGGUCCUGAACUCCCUUUUCCUUGAUUCAUUGAGGCCUGGAUUCGCUCUUCAAAUUGGUAGUAUGUUCUAUGGGGGCCCACUAUGAGGAAGUCCUAACACAGAAAUAAAACUUUUUUCUCUCUCUCCUUUUUCUCUCUGUAUGUCUAUAUCUUUAAUAUAUCUAUUAAGGAUACCAACAAGAGAGUUCUGACAAUUCUAAUGUGAAGCCAGAUAGUGAUAUUUUUUAGUACUUUGGGGUCGGGUGGGCUGGGAUUGAUAGAUGGGCAACAGUGAUUUUGAUUACCCCUACUGCUCUGCAUUUGGCAAUUUAUUCUUUGUUUCUACUGUUUGACUGUUUGACCCUCUUAAACAAGUGUAAGAGUUGUCUGUUUUAAAAACUGUUUAACAACAAAAAAAAGAUGUUGUAAUGACACAAAGCCUUAUGAAGAUACUUAUGGAGUUCAAUAAAAAGUAAAAAAGACA